AUGGCGGAAGCCGCACUACCCACCACCGAGACCACAUGCAAGAUUAGCCAUGUACACAUCGAAUGCCCCAUCUGCCUGAGUCGGUUCACCGAUCCAAAAAUCCUGGACUGUCUGCACAGCUUUUGCUUCAAAUGUCUUCAGGAACUUAUAGACAAACAGGAUCCGAAGACGGAUAUUAUAAUUUGCCCAAUGUGCAAAAAAGAAACAUCCAUCCCAGAUGAGGGAUUGGCGGAUCUUAGUAGCUGCUUUUUCUUGAGCUCGCUUAUCGAUGACGUCAUCAAUCUUGAAGGUCCGAAGGAGAACAUUAACCCACCUGUCUUGACUUGCGUUUGGUGCGACGAAGGUCUUGAAGAUGUCUCACGGUGUGUUGACUGUGAUGCUAAUUUCUGCAAGACAUGUCUGAAAUACCACGCAAAAUUAAAAAGUCACAGGCAUCAUCAAAUCAUUGAUGCUGUCAACUUAUCAAAUGAGCGAUCCAAAGACAAGGACAAAACUGAGUCACCAAAGUGCCGAAAACACACUGACAUGGAACUGCGUUUCUAUUGCGAUACGUGUGAUUUACUUGCAUGCCCUGUUUGCGCGGUGUUUGAUCAUAGAGAGUCAAGCCACAAUCUCUCUGAAAUCAAUGAUUCCAUUCGAUCUUAUCGUCGAGCUGUUGAUGAAGCCUUGCAGAAGUUUGACGAGUGUCGCAAACAAUUCCAAAAAGUGGAUGACUCUAUCAAGCACUCACAUCGUAGAUUACAGCUCAUGGUCGACCGGGCUCUUCGAGAUAUUGUGGCUAAGGAGGAAGAAGAAAUCACUAAGAUAAGAAGUGCAUCUCGCCUCCUUCGAGAAAGAGUCACUCAAAUCAGUCAAGAAAGAGGUAAGGGAUUUGAGAGCAUAAAGAGCAGCAAUCACGAUAAGAUGAGCCGUGCAGAGCAGAUCGUAGCUUCAGUCAGUGACUUGAUGCAGCAUGCUGAUAACUUUGAGCUGCUGGACCUGAAGCCAAAAGUUAUGCACAACUUAGACUUCCACAAAGAGCUCCAGUUUCAAACAGUGCAGCAUAGUAAGUCAUUCAUUAGGUUCAAAGGUCAUGAUAUCGUCACUGAUGCAGAUCUCGGUGAAAUACUAGAGGAAGAGAAGUGGGAGGUGACGGGGGAGUUCGAUUGUGCAAUCGACGUCGCUUGCUUCAGCAAUGGUGACAUUGUCGUUACUGAUUCAACAAGGCGACUAUUAUCCACAUUUACAUCAAAGGGUAUUUACAAAUCUACAGGUGUUCAAAGUGGAUCAGAUGACGGUAAACUAAAAAAACCUUUUGGCGUCGCCGUGACCUCUGAUGACCUGCUUCUGGUUAUUGACGGACAGGAUGUAAAGGUUUAUGAUAGAGAACUGAGAUAUAUUCGUCAGUUCAGACCCUCACAGAGUCGAGUCGAGGGGAAGUCAGAGAGUCUACUUCGUGGUAUUGCUGUAGACAAGAAAGGUCGGAUUGCAGUGGCUGACUGUAAGAGAAAGGUAAUAUCUCUUCAUAAUAUGGAUGGAUCCAUUAUUUCCACAAUACAUCAUGACGAUAUUAGUAUCAACUGCUUUCUAUCUGUAAGCAGCAAGGAGCUUCUGGUUUUUACAAACUACGAGAAGAUGAAACUUGUUUGUCUGGAUUUCAUGGGAAACGAGGUGUUCAAUAUCCGCACCUCCGUUGACGGUAAAUCUGUACAACCUGUUGGUGUGUGCUGCGACGAUGCUGGAGACAUCUAUGUGUCUGUUAAUUGUUAUGGUGUCGGGGGAACCAAUGAGAUUCAUCAUUACGAUGCAUCAGGUGAGCACAUCGGCUGUGUUGCUCGUGGCUUGUACAAUCCUUAUGGCAUGACGUUUACUCCUACCGGUGACCUUAUCGUGGCUGAUAGGCACUCGGUCAAGGUCUUGCAUCGUUUGUAAAGUGUCGAUGACGUCAUGGUCGAAAAUUUUACAAAAUCGUAGAUCACUGCAUUUUACAACUUGCACAGUUAAACAUUAAUGACGAGAACUUACCCAGCUGCUCUCAAGAAUGUGAAUUAUCUGUCAUUCGGACAAAUAAAUUCAAAAUAGUAUUCAAAACGUACAAAUAACUUUAUGAAAUCAAAACUGUUUGAUUUUCGCUUUACAUUGAAUCACUCACGAAUUAAUCCCCGCAGGGCUGGUUUACCAUACAAAGAGGGAGUGUUGGAUGUGAAAUAAUGACAAUUAUUGUGAGGUACAUCACAGCCAGAGACUACUCAGAGGAAACUCCAAGCUUCAUGUUCAGUUAUCUAGCUAGGAAAACGUGGUUUUACUAGACUCCAUGAUUUUCCAUUUUAUAAGCAGCCACCUAGAUUGCAAAGAGUGUAGAGCUACGAAUGUUGGUUGAUGAUGAGCAGCUCUCAUGUAUAAUACCUUACUAUGAGAAGACAACGUCUCCAGUAAGAACCGUAAAGGCCGGUUUAUAUGGUCGGAAUUCUUACGCGCAAUCCUAAGACUGAGG